AUGUCCAAAGACCGUAAGCCAGUUCUCAUAAUCGGCGCUGGAGUCGUUGGCCUUGUCCUCGCCCAUGGCCUCAAGAAGAUUUACGAACGCGACAGUCACAUCAGCUCCCGCGGUCAAGGCUGGGCCAUAACCCUCCAUUGGGUCCUCCCGUUCCUCAGAGAACUCCUAUCAGAAGAAGCGUUCAAGGACGUCGAAUCAGUCCAAGUCGACCCAGAGGCCGACCGUCAAGGGCUUGGAAAAUUCGUGUUCAUCAACCUCGAGACCCUUGAGCCAAAGUUCCUUAUCCCACCUGGCGACCGAAGACGCGUUAAUAGAGAGAAGCUGCGCAAGGUCUUGCUUAAGAGCGUGUCUGAUAAUGUCAAUUGGAAUAAGCGACUUGCAUCAAUCGAUGAGCGCGAGGAUGGUGUUGUCGCUAUGUUUGAGGAUGGAUCUCGAGCUGAAGGGUCUCUCAUCGUUGGUGUUGAGGGUAGCAACUCAAGAACAAGAAAGUUCUUAGCACCAGAGUCAUACCGUAAUAUUCGACUACCCGUACGAUUUACCGGUGCUGCUCUAGAUCUUACGCCAGAGCAGGUAAAGCCACUAAAAGAUAUCGAUCCUCUUCUAUUUCAAGGCUGUCAUCCUGAAACAGGGACGUUCUUCUGGUUCAGUAUGCUGGAAACGCCACUCGUCAACGGUAGCGCGGGAACAGAUAACGAGCAUUAUCGCGUUCAGGUCAUGAUAUCCUGGCCUAUGAAGACACCAGAAGACGAAGUCAAAGCCACUGACGCGGAGCGCUUGGCAUAUAUGAAGCAACGAGCAACAGAGUUCAAUCCCGUGCUACGGGAUACCGUGCAAAGGAUCCCAGAGGGGUCUGAAGUCAUCGAGAUUGUCUUACAGGACUGGCCAUGUCCACCUUGGGAUAAUCGCAGUGGUAGGAUCACUCUGGCUGGCGAUGCGGCGCAUGCGAUGACCAUGUAUCGAGGCGAAGCAGCGAACCAUGGUAUUCUUGACGCUUAUCGGUUAACAAAAGCUCUGGAAGGAGCCUAUCAUAAAGGAAAGGGGUUAGGUGAAGUUAUUGAUGAGUAUGAGGCGGAGUUAAGGGAGAGGACCAAAGUCGCCGUGUUGUUAAGUCGACAGGCUUGCUUGGAUGCUCAUGAUUGGGCCGGAUUAAAUGAGAACUCGGCUGUUUUGAAGAAGAGGGCAAUCGCGGGAGUUUAG